AUGGCAGCCGCACUCGACGCCACGGAGGAUGUACGGCCCUGUGACGCUCUCGAGGUUCUGGACGUAUCCGGUCCUAUCUGGGUUAGCUCGCAUACGCUGAGCAUUCUCAAGAUGUUUAACGUUCACUCCACGGACGUUGUUCGGAUCCUCAGCCAUAACCGCAACAUCACUGUACUCAGUGUGCGCUUGCACCUGCCAUGGAGUCUUGAGGUACCGCCUGCAUUCCCAUGGCCGAGCGAGUUACAGGAGCCCGUGAGCUUGCCGCUGCUAAGCAAGGUCCACAUCGCCGGUGUCAUAUCGAGCGAUACCGUCACCUUUUUGGCAGGCCUCUCCGCACCCGCACUCCAGGAGAUGCACGCAUUCUGCGACAUGCCCCCGCCGCCUGAACACGAGGUUCUAGUAGGCGUGUGCGAUGCCCUUCGCGGACAGCUGGAUCACGCGCAAGUCGAUAUGGCAUUUGAAGCUCUCGUACCGGCGCUCAGAUCAGCCGUACACGAGCUGCAACGCCACGGCCACAGAAUGACGGCGAAGUCGCUCGCGCUGAUGCCUGGGUUCCCGGACGCACGCGUGACAGAGGACACGUUCACCGACGCGGGCCUGCAAGCGACGACCCGUGCAGCCAUAGAACUGCUCACUCUGGCAAUCGAAGCACCGCCUGCGGUACACAAUGGGCAUGUGCUCCAUGACGUUACAAUGGCAGCUCUACAGUGUGCUGAUGCCCAAGGGGAGACGGGUGGCGUACUCUGCAUCCAACGGAGGUCUCCAUCAAUUGACUUCACAAGCUCUGAGACGAUCGAGUUUACAGCCACGCACAUACUCUAG